CGCGCAGGCGCAGAGCGGGCGGCGGUGGCUGCGGGAGCAGCACCGGGAGCAGCACCGGGAAUUGCAUCGGGAAUUGCAUCGGGAGCUGCAGCCAUGCCGGGUCUGCUGCUGGGGGAUGAGGCGCCCAACUUCGAGGCGGACACCACGCAGGGUCGCAUCCGCUUCCACGACUUCCUGGGAGACUCGUGGGGCAUCCUGUUCUCCCACCCGCGGGACUUCACCCCGGUGUGCACCACGGAGCUGGGCCGGGCGGCCAAGCUGGCACCCGAGUUCAGCAAGCGCAACGUGAAGAUGAUCGCGCUCUCCAUCGACAGCGUGCAGGACCACCUCUCCUGGUGCAAGGACAUCAAUGCCUACAACGGGGAGCAGCCUGCAGAGAAGCUGCCCUUCCCCAUCAUCGCUGACAAGAACCGGGAGCUGGCCGUGCAGCUGGGCAUGCUGGACCCGGACGAGCAGGACAAGGACGGCAUGCCCCUGACGGCCCGUGUGGUGUUCGUUUUUGGCCCUGACAAGAAGCUGAAGCUCUCUAUCCUGUACCCAGCCACCACUGGGAGAAACUUUGAUGAGAUCCUGAGAGUGGUGGACUCCCUGCAGCUCACAGCCUACAAGAAGGUCGCUACCCCCGUGGACUGGAAGCCCGGUGACAGCGUCAUGGUGGUGCCCACCUUAGCCGACGAGGAGGCCAAGAAGCUCUUCCCCAAAGGGGUCUUCACCAAGGAGCUGCCCUCGGGCAAGAAGUACCUGCGCUACACCCCGCAGCCAGAGUGAGGGCUGCCUGCCUGUCUGUCUGUCUGUCUGUCCGUCCUGCUGGGAUGCCAGAGCCUUCCUGAGCCCAGCUCCCGCCCCUCUGACACCGCACCACCCACGGCCCCGUCCUGGCACUCUGCUGCUGCAUGGCAGCACUGAACCAGCUCAGCACCAGCCCAGAACCAACCCUCCUGAGCCAGUCCUGAGCCAGCCCAGAACCAGCUCUGAACCAUCCCUGAAUCAACCCUCCUGAAUCAGCCCUGAACCAGCCCAGAACCAGCUCAGAAUCAUCCCUGAACCAGCCCAGAACCAUCCCUGAACCAACCCUCCUGAAUCAGCCCUGAACCAGCCCUGAACCAUCCCUGAACCAGCCCAGAACCAUCCC